AUCCUAAAAUAUAUACUCCAGUAUAUAGAUAGAUAGAUUGUUCGAGGAUAUGGGUCUUGUCCACAAAAAAAGUGAUUGAAGAAUUGGAAGGUGAAAUGGUUCUGUCAAUCAAAGGCCAGCACACGCUAUGCUAAUGUGGAGUGGAGGAGAGUAAAGAGUCAGCAAUCAAAGGCACCUCUACCUCUAUGGGAAAAUUGAAGGAGACAAUUUUGAUGAUCGCAUGGACUUCCAUCGCCCUUAACACGUGUCACCGCCUUGUUGGUUCCAGCCUAAUUUUCAAUUCUACCCUUUUCCAUUCUUGAGCUAAUUUCCAUUACGUACGACAGCAGCGUUUUUUCCAUUCUUAAAGCAAGGCCUUCUCGAUCUCUCUCAUCCCCCCCUCCCCUCUCUCUCUCUCUCUCUCUCUCUCUCUCUCUCCCUAGGUCAUCAACAAUUCACUAUGGCUGAGAAGAAGGUCACAACAAUGGUGCUGAAGGUGGACCUUCAGUGUCCUAGUUGCUACAGGAAGAUCAAGAAAGUUCUUGCCAAAUUUCUCCAAAUUCGAAACGAGGCUUAUGAUGAGAAGCAGAAUACGGUGACGAUCACUGUAGUAUGCUGCAGCCCGGAGAAGAUUCGUGACAAGUUGUGUUGCAAAGGUGGGAAAACAAUCAAGAGCAUUGAGAUCAAACCGCCUCCAAAAGCCAAACCACCUCCAGAACCCAAGGCACCCGAAAAGCCCAAGGCACCCGACAAGGCACCGGAAAGGCCCAAGAUACCCCAAAAGAGUAAGGGACCCCCAAAAUCUCCAGAUUCUUCCGGGCCCCACGACCAAGUCCAGACGACGGGAACUGAGAAGCUCAAAACUCGUCCGCAGGCUCCGACCCCCCUUGUUUAUGUACCGAUUUACCCGGCUCCGGUAUGUUAUGGGCAAUGUUACGAGGGUAUCCCUGGGGCCCCAUGUUAUGAGGGGUAUGAGAGGCCAGUAGCAUCCUAUGAUGGGUAUGGGUAUGGUGGGAAUGGGGCUUGUUAUGAAGUAAGUCGUUGCGAUGAGUACUUUAAUGAAGGAAACACUUCUGGUUGCACUAUCAUGUGAUGGUAGUGCUCAAGCUUUUUGAUUAACUAGUGGAAGUGCACGUGUUUUUUUGUGUUAUUGUUUACUGUUAUUAUGUCCGUUUUCUUGUAUCUUUUGAAUGGAAAUGAAGUAGAUAAAGAAAAUGGGAUAAAA